CAUGCGCAGCUACAUCCGGGAACUGCGGCCGGGCAGAAGAGCCAAUAUGGCGGAGUCCUCCUUGGGGAAUUCAAGCCCAGGAGUGUCCGUGGGAUCAGACAGUGUGGAUUUGGACCCGUCUGUUGAGAGAGUGAAUGAGUUUGAGGACGAGCGAACAGGAGAGGACGAGGAUCUGACCAGAGACACCACCUUCACCACAGAGAUAGAGGAGCUCACACGGGAGGGCGAGAUGCCGAUCCAGGAGCUGCGCAGUCUGUACGGCUACGAGGCCUCCGGCUCUCCCGAGGAAGAGGAAGAGGAGGAGGAGGAGGAAGAGGACGGCGAGGAGGAGGAUGAAGAUGAUGAAGUGGAGGAGGUGGAUAAUGAUGAGAGCAGCAGGAGCACUGGGGAGCUCAAGAGGAACAAGGACGAGUGUGUGAAAGGUGUGUCUCAGGGUGUGGACUGUCAAAGUGGAGGUGAAGGUCGUUCUCUCUCUGCGAAAGAACUCAUUCGCUCUCAGAACUGCAGAUACUUCAACAAUAACGAAGUGGAUGAGGAGUCUGAAGAGGAUGAGGACUAUGUUCCCUCAGAGGACUGGAAAAAAGAGAUCAUGGUGGGGUCGAUGUAUCAGGCUGAAACUCCUGCAGGACUCUGUAAAUAUAAAGAGAAUGAGCGAGUGUACGAGAACGACGAUCAGCUGCUCUGGAACCCAGAGUUCCUCCCUGAGCACACGGUGGUGGAGUUUCUAACAGAGGCGUGCAAACGUACCGGGGACGAGACCGGGGUGGACGCCAUACCCGAGGGCUCACACAUCAAAGAUAACGAACAGGCAUUGUAUGAACUGGUAAAGUGUGACUUUGACACAGAAGAAGCUCUGAGGAGACUGAGGUUUAACGUUAAAGCAGCCCGAGAAGAGCUGUCCGUGUGGACGGAGGAGGAAUGUAGACAUUUUGAACAAGGCCUGAAAGCUUACGGCAAAGAUUUUCACCUCAUCCAGGCGAACAAGGUCAGGACGCGGUCGGUGGGAGAGUGCGUCGCGUUCUAUUACAUGUGGAAGAAAUCUGAGAGAUACGACUUCUUCGCUCAGCAAACACGACUCGGAAAGAGGAAGUACAACCUUCACCCGGGAGUGACGGAUUAUAUGGAUCGACUGUUGGAUGAGACCGAGAGUGCAGCAUCGAGCCGAGCGGCCACGCCCCCAGGCACCAUCAACCAAUCAGAAAGGGAAGAUGGCUCCGCCCACAAUGGUCUGAGUGUACACGGCUCUGUCCCAAACGCAGACUCUGCCGACCUGAAACGCGAGAACCUGCAGUCGGAUGGAACCGACCCAACCCGCGAUUCCAACGGCUGCGAGCGAAACGGAUCGCUAAAGCGUCAUCAGGACAGCCACAGUGAAGAACGGCCGAGUAAAAAAUGCAGGACAGAAUCGGACGCCCCCGUGCACGCUGAAAUGGACUCGUCCGAGCUGAAAGAGAACUAAACUGCUGGUGCAGGACACAUCCAGAACCGUUGUCCACUCUGAAACGGACUCUUCCGAGGUUAGAGAGCUGAACCGCUGAAGCAGGACAGAGAGAGAGAGAGACCCCCUGUCCACGCUGAAAUCAUCUCUUCCAAGGUUGAUUUGCUGAAGCAGGACACACUCGGAUUCCCCCGUCUCUGCCAUAACGGACUCUUCCGAGAUCGCAGGGCUCCUGCGUCUGGGCUGAAACGGACUUUCCUGGGGUGUGAAGAACACGGAAGCAGAACUGCUGGUGGAGCAGAAACCAAAGGCCAUACCAAAUCCAAAUAAGACGGGGGCGGGGUUUAUGAUCCAGAUCCUGAUUGUAGGAUUUUGUCCCAAUCCAAAGUUGCCGUGGACGAGAUGCUUGUUAGUGUCGUCUGGUUUUACACAGAACACGUCUAUUCUAUUUGUACCGGAAUUUGCCUGAUUAUUUUUUUACCACUGAGAUAUAUUUAUAUUUUGUAAGUGAAACACUCUGCAGGUGAGCGACCGGACCGCGAGACACAUGACGGAGCGAGACGGGCGUCUCUCUCGACAUGGCGUCGCUGCGCCGGGUUUGUACAGAUUUGUACAGAAAUCACACUUUUGAUAAUCACUCUGUUCCUGUUUCUGUCCCUCCACUUCCUCUAAAGACAGAAACUUCAGUCUGUGAUUUUUGAUCUGCACAAAAACGACCUCGAGAUGAAAAUGAAAUUAAUUUCAGUCUUCUGACUCAAA